UCCAUACUAGGCUGCCACCUCAAAAUGAAAAGGUUGUAUCAGCUGGGUUUGAGGUCGUGUUUGCUGAGGUUUUCUGAUCUGCCUCCAGGCUAUUGUCGUGAAACUUCGAUAUGGUUUCUUCUGAAACUUGAGACAGUAGUCUGCCACGUAGGAGAAGGAAGCUCCGGGCAGCAGACCCGAUAAGCGCAGCGCGAGGCGUCUGGAAUAAAGCGGUGGGCUGACGAGUUCUGACCGACUUGAUGUUCGUUCUUUAAGCUUGGAGAUAUGGAGAUACAGCCACUGACCGUGCAGAGACCUCGGGUAUAACGGGUGAAUGAAACCAGCAUGGAGCCUAAUGAAUUGUUCCUACCCGCCAUGGAGCCAUGUUCCCACUACAACCUCUGCAUGGGAAACGUUUAUUAAACUGCAAAGGGAAAGCAGAAUAAAACGUCACGACUGAUGCCACAAGGUGGAGACGACCUUUGUUAAACUGAAGAGGAACAAGUUGAACUACAUUGGAUUUAAUCUUUGUUUCCUGAAUGGUGUCAUGAACAAUGGGUUGUCCCCUCUUGUUGCUGACCAGUACGGUGUCCAUCCUCGGCGGCCUGGUCUUUGGCUAUGAGCUGGGCAUCAUCUCAGGAGCCCUGCUCCAGCUCAAGGCUGAGUUUGUACUCCUGUGUGCCCAGCAGGAAGCCCUGGUCAGUGCCUUGCUGGUGGGAGGAUUGAUGGCCUCCAUCGUGGGGGGCUGCCUGAUUGACCGCUGCGGCCGCAGAACCUCCAUGCUCCUCAGUAACGCGCUGAUCACGGCGGGCAGCCUGGUGGUGCUCAGUGACUCCUACGGGGGCCUGGUGGUGGGCCGCAUCACAGUGGGCUUUGGGAUGUGUGUCUCCUCCAUGUCCUGCUGCAUCUUUGUGUCCGAGAUGGUCUCCCCGGACCGCCGGGGGCUGCUGGUGACUCUGUACGAAGCUGGUAUCACCGUGGGCAUCCUGGCUGCCUACGCCACAAACUACCUCCUCUCCGACACCCCUAGAGGCUGGAGGCUUAUGUUUGGAAUAGCCCUGGCACCGACGUUGGCACAGUUUGUUUGUAUAUGCACUCUUCCGGCCAAUGCUGAUGGAUGUAACGUUAACAGGGAUGGUUUUCAGACGGAGAGAAAGCCCAUGAGUCUCGUUCAAAGUCCAGCAGCGGACGAGGCGCUAGUCGGCGGCACCAGACCGGACAAGCAGCUCAGCGUGAUGUACCUGUUUCAGAGCAGGGACAACAUGAGACGCCGUACCGCCAUCGGCCUGGGGUUGGUGAUCUUCCAGCAGCUCAGCGGCCAACCCAACAUCCUGCUCUACGCCUCCACCAUCUUCCACUCGCUGGGCUUCCAUGGCGACGCCUCGGCAGUGCUGGCGUCUGUCGGCUUGGGGCUGGUCAAGGUGCUCGCCACCCUAAUCUCCAUGGUGCUCUCCGACCGGGUGGGCCGCAGGCCUCUUCUCAUCGGUGGAUGUGCCUUCAUGGCUGCGGGUCUUCUCACUGUUGUGCUCCUCGGUGGACAGGCGGCUCUCAGCGCUAGCGGUGCGUGUGUGGUAAACACCCCGGGUGCCAACCACACAUCUCUGCCCAGUUUGCCACAUGCUGAUCCGACAGCGUCGAACAGGUCUCUUGGAGAGCAUCGCAGACUUUUUUAUUUGUCAGAGAUCAAAGAGAUUGGAUCAGAUUAUUCUGUUUACCCCGCCAAUGCGUCCUCUGUGUUGCCGUCUACACCUGGUGUCCAGGGAACGGUGGUUAACUGGAUCAUUCUCAUCUGUAUCUUCGCCUCAGUCGGUGCCUACUCUAUUGGAUUUGGACCCAUAACCUGGCUAGUCCUGAGUGAGAUCUUUCCUGUGGGAGUCAGGGGAAGGGCGUUUGCAUUCACCAACUGCUUCAAUUGGGCCACACACCUGUUGGUCACCUGCUCUUUUUUGCAUGUUAUUGAUGCGAUUGGACUUUCAGGCACGUUUCUUUUGUACGGUACAACAUGUGUAGCCGCAGGUAUUUUCUUUUACUGUAUGCUUCCUGAGACCAUGGGGAAGACUCUGGAGCAGAUAGAUGAAGAACUUAGCACAAACAGGGUACAUAGUGAUAAGGUAUGCUGCAGCAGUCUGAGAAGGAGAACUGCCACGGUGAAGUACCAGAGAGUAGAGUGUCAACACAGCGACACAAACUGACCUCCACAGGGAAAUGCCUUAUUUCAAUGGGAGACUCUUCUAUUGAAUGUUCCAACUAAGCUAGGAUGGGGUAGAAGCAUGUCGAAGGACAAUCGUUGAAGGCUGCAAUUUCACUGAACAAUCAAGAUGUUGUGUACCUCAACGUGUUAUUAUCAAGGCUGAACGAGAAGGCUUUGGCAUAUAAUUGACUUAUCACACUGGAUGUUAUUUAUGUCUAAAUAUUACAGGUACAAACCAAGUAUUGGUGGAUCUGUGGUCAUAUUUUCAUGUGGGAGGAUGCCUUAACAUCAUAAAAUAAAACAAUGUUAAAAACACUCACAAUCUACUUCAACGCAUGCUUGAGUUCCAAAACCUUAUUUCUUUAGUAGGGUAACUGAGGUCUCUGUUAAAUCAAUUUUUAUAUUUUUUCUCCUGCAUUUCUCCUGUGUCAUUUGAUGGACGUAAUAAAGCAGCCAGUCGUAUACCUGAUAAAUAAAACGUGUGUUUAUUUACACAAAUGUUUUCAAAUACUAGUAAUCUAAAUAAGGACAUAAAAAUAUAUACAGUGAUGUCAGGACUUGUACAGCUCAGUUAAUAAGCCAAUGUAUACAUAGAACUGGUAGCAUUUUGAGUUUUCUGAAAGGAAAAAGAUUCAUAUGUACAACAUUGCCUACAACUCUCACUCUGAAUCUGGCACUAAACGUGUGUACGUGUGUUCCUAGUCAAUGCUUCUUGUCAGCGAAAGCUAGUUGAUGUUUGUUGGAUAUACAAACAUAUCUAAUGAAAGAAAAACCUAGCCAGAUGAACAGAAUGAGGGACCCCCUCUAAAGGAAACUACCAGUGUCAGUCAUCCUUCAUUUGCAACUCUUUCUCGCAAAAACAAACCUUAGGUUUUGGUUAGUCUUCUUUUCCGUAUGAGGUGAAGUAAACUUUUGGGUACGUGGUGAAUUUGGAGGAAAGCAACCCGAGAAUAGCUUGAGGGCAAAGGAAAGUGGAACAUGAAACAUAAAAACAAGAUUAACGGUGCUUAACAAAUACGUGGACACGACCGACCGGCUCUCUGAAUGGAAAACAAA